AUCUUAAAUACAGGACUUAAGUUAGAAGAGUGUGCAAAAGUGAUUAAAUGUAUGGAUUAGCAAAGUUUUUCAUUUGUUUAAAACUGGUGAUAAGAAUAAACAACGUAUAUACCAUAAGCAAAGCAUUAUCAACUAAAGAGAAAAUGGUACAAAUGGUAAAAGCCGAUAUAGAGCUUGAGGUUGAGGCCGUAUUUUGGAGACCCUACCACUGGUUGUGAAUGCUGUACCUUGGGAAAGUGUAACAAUUCCAUGUAAUCAGCAUGAAAUUCGUCAAGGUGAAAAGUCCUGGUAUAAAGAGGAUGGACCGAUGCCCAGAACCUGCAGUGUGGCUUCCGGAGAUUUGGUCAUCAGUCGUGUAUACCCAAAUGACACUGGAACAUACGUUUGCCAUGUUGACGAUUAUGAGGAUUCGAAAAGUAGAUAAGUCGUAUCACCACUCGUGCCAAGGCAUACUGUUGCUUUAUCAGGGUAUGGAAGAUGGUAAAAGUUUUACAUUGUCAUUUGGUCUGGAAGAAGGAUAUCCUGUGCUAAAAUAUUAUGUUUCUGAAAUUCAACUUUCUCAUAUGAAAAUUGGAAGAGUGCUGGAACCAUAUGCAUGGCAUUCCUUUAAUCUUGUCAUAACCAAAGAUUUAGGUACAAUUUAUGUAGACAAUAAUACCUACCUGAUCGCAAGUGAGGCUCUGGGCGUUGAAAUGUCACAAAACCUGACUGGAAAUCUGUUCGUUGGAAAUCACCCGGACGACAACGUUGCAAUCUUUGGGAAAGGAUUUAAAGGUGUGGUUGUCAAAAUGAAAAUUCACGGUGACAUGGUGAACUUUGAAGCGGAAAUGUUGGUAGGCAUUGAUCAAUACAAUGCUUGUGAAUAUGACCCAUGUGAAACAGGUGAAUGUGUCAUAGCAAACGUAAAAUUUGGAUAUAAGUGUGUUUCUGAUUCAAAAGUGAGUGCUCAAUACUCUGACCAUGACAAAGGCAAAGGAGAUGAAUCGUGUCUUGUAGAAGUGAACGAAAAAAGUGAAGCCGUAUUUAGAUGGACAACACAACAAUUAAAUCAAAUCAUGGAUGUUUUGGUAAAUGAUAGACUAAUUGCUAUCUAUGUUCCGAUACACAAUGAAUCUCACCUCUACAACAACAAUGAUUCUAACCUGUAUGCACCGUUGCUGACUGGAAGUGGGAUGUGUCAACUUUUGAUCAAACAGUUCAUCAGGCCCGGUUUUAAAGUAAUGAUCAGAGGUACUGACAUACAUAAGGUAGAGGUCAGUGGAAAGUUAGCAGCAAACUGCAGAAAUGCCUCUUCGUUAUGGAUCUAUUUUAAAGUGAAUGAUGCAGACACUAGCAUUAGCCCGAGUGUUAUUGCGGCAAGCAUAUUGGGAACAGUGGUAUUGGCUGGGGCGGUUAUUGGUGUAUGUCUCAGACAAUAUCGGACAGCAACAAAGAAAGGAAUGUGUGAACGUAGAAAGAAAACAAGCAGGUCCAAACGGCUUAUGCGGAAUGGAGAUACUGCUGUUUAAAUGCAUGUGGUACACCGGGGGCGAAUCCAGCACUGACCUUAAGGGAUGCACAUAACGGACAUUCAAUCGCCCUCCCAUGAUUGUUUAAAGAUAUUGGUGUUUAUCCAACAAGAUUUUAUUUUAUUUUUCUAGUAACAUUAAAACUAUUUUGUAUUCCAGUGAACGAAAUCAAAAACACUGUCGACAUUUCGGAAGAGUGAUUUGUAUAUAUUACCAAACACUUUACCAAUUCCAUAUGUUCGUUUGAGCUUCGGUCCAUUCAAAGAAAAUGGCGAUACUGUUGUUAAGUUUAAGCAUGUGUUAGUUUGCUUUAAUUGUACAUAUUUCACAUUUGAGUAGUGUGAUCAAUGGUGUUUAUUCCAUCUUUGAUUAGCUACAACUUUGUGUGUACGGGAAUUAAUUGUAUGAGUGGUUGAUAUCUUAUGAAAUCGAAACGCACUGUUUUGACUUUUUUUAUGCUAUACGAAUCAUGAUUUGGUUUUAAUGCGUUCCAUGAUGUAAGAAAAUCAUUCAUAAUAUACCAUUUUCAGAAAAGUUUAUUAAUCAAACUGUUGUCCAUUUAACUUUCAAAUAUAUAGGAUUAUAUCGAUACGAUUUUAGUUUAAGAUUUUCCAAUGUAUCUUUUUUAAUUCUCGACCAAAUAUCGUUUUACUAAAACACCCAACAAGAGAAAGAAUAAGAUAAACCAUUCAAUAUCGGUAAUCUUUCAGCCGCAAUUUUCAUUGUUUAGGUUCAAUAUAUUUCUCUUUUUUGUCUGGCAUACCAUCCCGUAAGGAUUUGAAAAAACUCUUAAUGGUUUUGACAAAUAUUUUGCUUGGGUUUGCUAGGACAUAGAAUGAAAAUAUUAUAUUUGGUAAAGAAUAAGUUUUCACAACAGGAACUAUACUAUUACUACAUUUAUUUUUUAUGAAAUUCUCUCGACUUUUUAUUGAUAUUUGUGUCGAUUAUUUGAUGUUUAUUAUUUUAGAAGGUAUUACCGAACGUUGCACAUCCAGCACUCUAAGAAUUAUAGAUUUAUUUGUGUUUAGGUUAAGACCGGAACAUUUAAAAAGGAUUCUAAAGCUUAAAUCAAGAAUUCGAAAGAUUCUUUCUGAACCAUCGUUAAAAUAAGUAGCAUUAUCAGCGAAAAGUGAUCGUUUAAUUUCCGUAUAACUGACCUUUAUUCCUAUAUAGUUUGACAUUAAUUGUAAACAAAUUACAAAUAUAAUCAAAGAAUGUAGACAACCUUUAAAUCACUAUAUAGCAGGCUGAUAGGUCUCCAGUUAAAAAAGUGUUAUGAACUUUUGUUGGGUUUUAAUAAAAAAGCGAAAUUAUAGACUGUUUUUGAAACGACCAUUAAGAAAAGAGUCUAGGAGACUUAUUAAAACAUUCUCGAUAUCGUUCAAAAUGUUUGAUAAAAUUCAGAAGUAAGAUCGUCUGAACCAGGACUUAUUUUGUUCAUAUCGUUUAAAGUAUUUCCGCAUUCAUACAUCGAAGGUAGACCUUCGCAUUGGCUGCUAUAACUUUCGAAAUGUUUAUUAAAUAAGUUUCUCAUGCCAUCGUCUAUGUCAGUGUCUAUGCUAUAUUUUAAUUUUAAAAUUUCAAUUAUUUUGUUUUGUUUUUUCAACAACUGUCACUAAAUCAUUUAUCGCUUUUAAUUAGAAUACUCUUUUUGAUGCAUGUUUUUCGCCAGUUUUGCAAAAUAUUUUUGUGUCAUUAUUUUCAUUCUGCAAAGUUUUUUGCCUUAAAAUAUAUCCAUUAUCCAUUAUAGCUUGCUUCGCAAUUUAUCUAGUGUUUGCUUUAUUUGAAUAAGUUCUUGCGUUGUGAUGCAUUAAUUUUUAAUUCGUUUAGUAGGCUUUCCCUUCAGUUUUAAGCAUUGAUUUCUUAUGAGAAACAUAUAUCUACAUUAUAAUGUCAAAAUGUUUUUGAUAGUGCAGCGGCGCUCCCUAGAAAUACAAACAAACAUAGUGAAUGUUUUAGUGGAACAAUUGUUGCUAUUUGAGGAUGUUAAUUGCAUGUGUAUUGUUUAUGUUAAUAUGAUAGUGCAAUGAUCUUAGUAUUUUAUAAGGCUUUUUAAAUCGAUUCUUUGCUCAACAUUUGUAUGCGUUGUCUUAUUCUCAGAAAGUUGCCAAUUUUCAAGAUAUCUGCAAAAACGGUCAUUGAUGAUUUUUUGGUUCACUAAUGUUUGUUAGAAUACAGCUUAACUAAUUUGAUAAAUUGUAAAAGUUGAAAUUAUAUUAAAGGAGACUAUGUGUUCAUUUAUGUUCUACUUAAAUAUAUGUUGAGGAAAGGUAACGUUAUUGGAAAAUUCUUUUUGAAAU